UACUACGUGCGGAGCACUGGACCGAGCGCUUGGGAGAGUCCCGUACGGCAGAACUAGCAGACAGGUUCCCUGCCCGUAACGAGCUUAGAGUCCAGAGAUCCUACUUUAGCCGUUAUUCUUCCAAAGACGAUUUUUAUGACUGAAGCACUCUUACGUGCUUCGACCUUCAGUCACACUAGUUCAGAGACAGAUCGCCAAACACCUCAACGUCUCUUAGGCCUCGUUAAUGAUAAUUAUAGUAGUGAUAAUUCUGUGUAUUUUAGAACUGGCACCCUCUUUGUAGAUAUGCUUUCCAGUGGGGACUAGUCAAUUAUAAUUUUGUCUUGAGUUUUUUUUUGUUUUUCUAAGGCAGUUAAUCCGUUUGGGACUGUUGUGGGGGAGGGCCUCCGAAUGUGACGUUUUGAAUUGCAAACGAAACGUUCGACUUUUCCGGGCCUUAUUCUUAAAGGGCUUAACCAGACGAGUGGCUAGCUCAAACAGGAUCUGUUGAGUUCCAUGUACCGUAGCGCUGUCAUCGGUUGUUCUGGCUUGAUACGAUGCGAGGGAGGUGUGACUGCACAGAAAAGUUACAGAGCAAAUUUGACUUUUUGCGCUCACAGUUGAACGAUAUUUCAGCUUUUAAGAAUAUCUACAGAUAUGCCUUUGAUUUUGCAAGGGAUAAAGACCAGAGAAGUCUUGAUAUCGAUACUGCAAAAUCUAUGUUAGCUCUUUUGCUCGGAAGGACCUGGCCACUGUUUUCAGUAUUCUACCAGUACUUGGAGCAAUCAAAAUAUCGAGUUAUGAACAAAGAUCAAUGGUACAACGUCUUAGAAUUCAGCAGAACCGUUCACGCGGAUCUUAGUAACUACGACGAAGACGGCGCAUGGCCAGUUCUUCUUGAUGAAUUUGUUGAGUGGCAAAAAGUCCGUCAAGCGUCAUAGCAAAAACUACUCUGAAGAAAAUGCAGUCCUUUUGAUGCCCACCUGAAUACAAACUAAUAUGAAUCGAAGAAAAACACAUGGGGUGCAUUUUCAGCUUUAUGAAAGACUUCUUACAGUACUUUUUUUUUUCCUUUUUUUUUUAAAGGAAGUUUUCUUGUUACAUGUGAUAAAUGGGCAUUGAACCACACCUCUUCCGAGACUGAAAAUUGAGGUUUCUGUUUUAGGUUAUGUUUAUAACAUUUAUUUCAGAACAAUAAAGAUCAGAUUUGUGACAGAACUAAAGCGAAGCUCUCCCUUGAGUUUGAGCAUGGUAUUAUCUUUGAACAACCAAAAAUUCAAGGUGCUGAUUCCCUGAAGAUCUUCUCCCCCUCCUCCCCAUUUCAGAAAUUCAGCUCACUGGCACUGUAGUUUGCUGAUCAUAAUCCACCACGUGCUGUGGGGAAGAAUAUUUGUUGAUUUUGAACCCCACGAGCAUGUUUAUCAUCCUUGCCUUUUUGGAACGUGGGAAUAUUUGGUAUUUUGGCUCCAGGUAUAUUAUAAAGAUUUUUUUUUUUAAGGUGUAACAUUUCAUGCACGCACUGCUGAACUGAGUUUUUUAUUGGAAAUUCUUUAUGUAUGUUGGUUUUCAUUGCACUAAAUGUCAUAAAAAUUCAAA